AUGGAAUGUCACAGGACUCCUUUCCGCGACUGCUUACAUUGCCGGGUCGGCGAAUGGCUCGGCAGCACAUCAAAUAUCCCCGACGAACCCAGUUGUUGCUCAAAAACCCACGACUUCGAAAUACCCCCCUCGCCGCCUGCUUCGUCUGCACGAGCAUCUUCGCAAUCGAAACGGCGGCGGCCCGACGAUGAGGCUCGUCAACCCGUCCUCGAUUUCGAUAUAACCCCGCGACCUUCUCGCCAGCUCGCUUUCGAUGUAGGCUUCUCUUCGAUACCACGAACUUCGUCGCGUUCCACGCCUUCCAAGCGCUUUGUCAGUCCAAUAAAAUUUAUCAAAGAGCUCGAAAUGCUUGUCAAACCGAUUAGAAUCGAAAAGCCUCGAACCGCAACACUGCCGCCAGAUAUGCGCAGUUUAUAUGUUAGCGUACAAGAAAUCGUCGAGUACAGCAGCGCGUUCGUGCCAAUCGAAGCGCAAGAGGCGAUCAAUAAAUAUAUAUUGGCGAUAGAUAUGGUCCCGUUCCCGCCUUCGUUGUUCAAAAUCCAAGAGGGCGACCAAGAUGCACACGCAGUGGCAGAAGCAGAAAUACAUGCACCUCUACUCAAACUGGCGACUCGAAAAACCCCUGGCGUAAGUCACUAUGAGAUCAUGUCUGCUCGUGUUUCACAACCGUGGUUACCCCCAAUACGCAGCGAAGCCACCUGGGCGUUCCCACGAUCUUGGGUUUCCGUAUCGUCAAGCACCAGUUCAACGACUGCGUCCCGUAAUAACAAUGAUCCUGUCGCGGCCGGGAGAAUGGUGGAUUUUGGGUUUUUUAUGGAAACCAGAUCGACACAGCUCGAGCAAGCGAUAUCGGCUCUAACUUUACAGUCAGCACAUCAUUCCGUCAACCACAGUAACUACAGCCCUCUUCGUUCCCUACCCUUAGGCGUUAGCAUCGAAACGAAAAGCCCCGGUGCGACAGAAAAAGGGCUCAUUCAGUUAGCAGUAUGGACGGCGGCAUGGUUUCAACGGAUGGAACAUUGGUUACAAUCAUCAACAUACCGGCAAACCAAGUUUGGAAUGCUCCAAGCGGUGCCAGCAGUUUUGGUUAAUGGGCACAGUUGGCGUCUGCUGUUUUUUUGUAACAGAGGCGACUAUUUCGCCUGUGUUGGUGAAAUUCCGAUGGGAGAAACGACCACUUUAACGGGAACCUAUAAGGUGCUGGCAGUCUUACGUCUCCUUGUGCGCUGGGUGGAUAAAGAUCUGAGGGAGUGGUUUGAAGGGUUGUUUCUGCGCGCGUAG